ACAGUGUCGGUCUUACUAUUGUUUUAAUCAGGACUUUUAAGUGACUCAAGUCUGUGUCUCUUGUGGUUUAACAGUCGCUGAAUGAAAAGACAGACAAAGCAUCGAUGGACAAACUGACUCACAGAUUAUAUCCGUCACUGCCAAACAUCGACAGUUAUGACCGGUGUGUUGGCGAGAAGCUUCCUGCAGCAGCUGAUCUUCGUCCUGAGAGGCUGCAGGAGGACACACAGCUGGAAGCGUGCGGUGCGGAUAGCGACCGCAGACUGAAAGCACAGAUUCUGAUCUUGGUGGAGCAGAGGAGAGAGCUCAUUUCUAUUAACGACAAAUGGGCAAAAGAAUAUCAGACCAUGGUGCGGUUCUACAGAGAGAAGGUCCGACAUUUAAAACCAUUGCUGCAACAAAACCACAGUCACUUUGAAGAAGGCAUGUGUGAGGAAGGAGAGAAACACGUCAAUUUAUGUAAAAAACUAAAACUCAAGACGCCCGAUGACAACGACAAGAAAUCGACGUGCGACGAUGGUGACGUCAACUCUGAGCUGCUGAAAGUGGAAAAGGAGGCGCGUGAGCUGCGAGGGCAGAACAGCACGCUGACCAGAAGGGGGCAGCAUCAGCACGAGGAGAUCAAGCGAUUAAAUAAGGCUCUAGAGGAGGCUCUUCAGACGACUGCACCUCAGGGAGGAAGCAGUGAAACAACCCAGGACCUGUGGAAACAUCAGGCUGAGGUUUACAGGGAAGACUUUCUGACGGAGCGGAAGGACAGAGAGAAGCUGAAAGAAAAAUAUCUGGAGCUGGAGAAUCGGUUUAGAAAAGUUCGCACUGAGCUGCGUGUCCUUAAAUCUCAGGUGACUUGGAGUCCGCCACUGCAGCCUGUUCUUGAACGCGUCUGCUCAAAUCGAGUCAUAUGUCCAAACCAGCCCCUGAACCAGAAGCACGUGCAGAUUCAAAGGCGACAGCUAUCUUGAAAAAGACUUGACUCUUUUUGUGUGAUCACGUUUUUCUGCACUUUAAGGGGGAGGAUGGCUGAGAAUGUGGGAGUUUACCCAUAAUGGCAUCAUGAUGACGCCUGUUCACCAGUCUGGGGAUUCAUUCUGUGAUCUGUUUGGUGAAGGAGGAAAUAAAAAAUUUCCCAAGAGGAGAAAUAGCAGCAGAGAGCAAUAUAAACUCCUCAGAGCGUGAGAAGUCAGUUACACAUUGGCUCUGUUGUGUAACAAAUAAGGAGGAAGUUCCCAAGGUGCAGCAGUUGAAGUGUUUAUUUACAAAGAAAACUAACUUCAAGUAAACAUGGUAAUCAGUGGUGUCUCGAAUGUAUAAACCCUGAGUUUACACAGUUCCUCCUCCUUUUGAGACACGUCCUCAGGGAGAUAUCAGUUAUUGCACAAACCAAACACUAUUGACAAGGAUGUUCACACACACACACACACACAGCUGUGAAAAGUGAAAGUAAUUUAAGUAUAUGCAAAGUAUUCACCUGGGUUGUGUUUCCAGCCAGUUCCUGUUUAUCCAUGUUGAUUCAGUAUUAGUACAUUUGCACCUGAAAUGAAAUGGUCAGAGAAGAAUAAAUUACUUUGACGGU